GACUUGUCAUCUUGUCAAGUUUGCUUAGUUGUCAUUUUUGGUGGUGAGGGUUUAUAUGUUUUCAUGUGAUACUUUUCUGUGAAUUCUAAACUAGCAGGGUGAAAAAUAGAAAAUACUAGUUUUAGAUAAAAAUGUCAUCGUCGGGCGACUUCGGAAAUCCCUUAAAGAAAUUCAAAUUAGUUUUCCUAGGAGAACAAAGUGGUAAGUUUUGAUUGACAUCUCUUGAUGAGUUGUAAACUUUCGUAGCAGGCGUAGCCUAAAUGAUCAAUAAUGCAGUUUGCUUCUAUUUUUUUACAAUAAAUUUAUUAUGAGGACUAUUUGUACACACAUUUAUAGACACGAAAUCCCUCACGUCCCAAUAAAUCUUUCUAUCCACGUCAGCUUUCUGUAUAUCUGCUAAAUCAGGUUAUAGGUUAUAUUAAAUAAUUUAAAUGUAAUAUUUUCUUUGUUUUAGUGGGGAAAACAUCCCUUAUAACAAGAUUUAUGUAUGACAGCUUCGAUAACACUUAUCAGGCCACCAUAGGAAUUGACUUUCUUUCUAAAACAAUGUAUCUAGAAGAUAGGACAGUAAGAUUACAACUUUGGGAUACUGCUGGACAGGAACGUUUUAGAUCCCUUAUACCUUCAUACAUUCGAGAUUCUACAGUAGCAGUUGUGGUGUAUGAUAUAACUAAUGCAAAUUCAUUCCAUCAGACGUCAAAGUGGAUUGAUGAUGUAAGAACGGAGAGGGGUAGUGACGUCAUCAUAAUGCUUGUUGGCAACAAGACUGAUCUGUCAGAUAAAAGACAAGUUAACCUUGAGGAAGGGGAGAGGAAAGCUAAGGAACUGAAUGUCAUGUUUAUUGAAACCAGUGCAAAAGCUGGUUAUAAUGUAAAACAGCUCUUCAGGCGUGUGGCUGCAGCUCUACCUGGCAUGGACUCCACGGAGAAUAAACCGCCAGAAGACAUGCAAGAAGUUGUUCUUAAAGACACACCAAACGAAGUCAAAGAUCCAGAGGGAGGCUGUGCAUGCUAAAAUCUACAUAAAUGUGCUUGAAUGUUCGUGUUUUGUAGAAUUUUUAUACGACGUUAGUUUUUUACAUGUCUAAGUAUAGUUCUACAUCCUAAAAUGACCCUGCGGAAUUCUUAUGGGAAAGUCUAAACCUCAACGUGAUAUUAUACAGCAGCUCUAGAUACACGGCACAAUUGUCGAGACAGCAUCAUAGAAAAUACGUCCAAACAUUCUGCGUAUUUUUUUGUAUCAAAUUGCAUAUGCUUUGCAACACUACUUUGAAAAUAUAAAUUGCUUGAACCAAGCUACGAAUAUAACAGUAAAGAUUCUGCAGGGCCUUUUUAUACAACUGUCCAAUAAGGCAGCCAGCCUGCAUUUUGGAAAACGUAUACACAAAGAAUAAACGGUAAUCUACGUUAUAUUUAGUUCACAAAAAAAAAAUUAAAGUGAAACUACUGACAUUGAAUUUUCUGUCACAAAUCUUGAAAUUGUAUUGCGUUAAAAGUGAUUAUGAUGACAGACAUCAUGAAUUCUUUGUAUAUUUAUGUGAAGGUGGUCCUAUCCUGGUGUUGGAAUUUAUUAUUUAUUCAAUUGUUUAUAUUAUUCUCUAUAUAUUUUUGUAUAUCAUUAUUAAGCGUAAUUUAUCGAUUUCCUAUUUUUUGUGAACUGUAUAUUAGAAUAUCAGAAGAUUUUAUGAGCUAUUAAUAUUUUACAACAAACUGCCAUUGUGUAAUAUUGUUCAUCACGUUCUGAGAUGAGACUCGUGGUUAACUGCAGUUUGAAAAGUUUCGUUUUGCUCUUCAAAACGUGUAAGGCAAUAUCGAGCCGCUGUAUAAUAAUACAUAUAACAUAAUACAUCGUUUUUACCUUUUUUAAAUAACAUAAGAUUCAUAAAAAUUCACAAUUAAAAUUAUUACAGAAAAUAUAUAACGUAUAACAUAACUUGCUGCUUAAAUAAUUCAACAUUAUAUCGAGAUAUAGUGCAAAGCAACAUUAAACAUGCCAUUGUUUGAAACAUUAAAAAUGUGUUUGGAUAUUCAGAUGAUUUUUAAUGAAAUUCAGUGCCAUUUUUAUGGCAAAUAAGAAUGGCAUCACGAACAAAGAGAGCGUGGAGUCUCCAUAAUGGCUGAAGUCCAACUGCCAGGUCAGUCUACACAUGAGCAAAGAAAUUUUACACAGACAUGCAAAUGACCUGAGAGUUUUUAACAUUUAAAAAUAUGUUGUAUUUUGCACUGUAUCAUUAAGUGCGAUUUUUUUAUGACUCCACUUGCAUUUAAAGUUUUGAUAGCCUUGUUUGACAGACAUGCACCUAACGGCAUACUAUAAGUAACUACUAUUUAUUGAGAAAACUAUGUACAUAGCCCAGUUCAUGAGAUUGCUGUACAAAAUAUAAAUCUGAAAAAACAUGCAAUUGCAUACUUGCUUUGCAAUGACCACUAUUGCUUGGUGAUAAACUGAAAGUGAUAUUCCAAAAAUCUGCAAAAUUCGUAAAAUUUUCAUAGUGAGUAUUGUGACAAACUAUUUCGACGCUCCUCUACUUGAGACAUGUGUAAAAUUUAAUUCUUAUAUUGUGCGUGUAAAUCAAAUUUUUCGUCAAGCAAUAUUGGACGAGACUUGUAAGUAUUCUGAUAUGAUGCGUCACUGCACAGGCUUUGUUAUCAUAUAUUCUAAAAUUGAUGCGAAGCUGUUAGUGACACUAAUUUCUAUAUGAGGGGCGUUCAGAAAGUACGGAGCGUUUUUCAGUAGAAAAAUAUUCCGUAGUGAAACGACACAUUUUGAAUAUCCUUCAAAUAUAUUCUGAUAUUUAAAGCAAUAAAAACUGGUAGAAUGCAAUAUAUCAAAAGGUAGGAUGAGGUUACAUGAUUUUGCUUGGAUGCGAAAUAUUCCAUUAGAAACUUUUCCAUUAAUUGCUAAACUUAUAAGGUGAAAACUCUCAUCAACAUUUAUUGAGUAUCCUUUUACAAGGAAUUUGAAUGGAAACGAGAAAUACGAUUUUUGAGACAAAAACAUGUAACCUCUUUAGUUAUCAAUAUCACAUGGACUGCAGCCACUGUAGUAUUAGAAGUAAGUACUUUAUAAUUCAGGUACAUUUUUGUGAAGCCGUAUAACUGAUUUACACUAUAUACAUGGACAUUUUGAACAAAAAAAAAUCAGUAAAACAAUUCCAACCAGAAAAUUGAGCGACUCUUUACUUUUCAAACGACGUUGUCGUUACUUAACCAUGCUUCUGCCACACUGCGGUAUUAAUCUGGCAUCUGCCAAUUCCUACCGUUGAUUCGUGGCCAACCCAGAAGCAUUUGGCCCCAGGUGACCUGUCUUCACUUUAUCUGGUACAUCACUGUGCCCAAGCACUCACAAUAGAUUCACACCUUUCGUAUGAAUUUGACUUUGAUGGACCGUACUCGGCCUAGAGUUAUUUGACAGCAUCUUCUAUAUAAUUGUUUUUGUUUGAAAUGUUCUGAGUGUAGUCUAUCGACACAGUAAAAAAUGUAUGCUUCGUUAUCUCAAGUACAGUUUGCUAUGUUUCAAUUUUGAUACCUUGAAAAAAUAGAUGUAUAUAUAAUUUAUAUAUUCUUUAUAUAUUUUUGCGUGAUUGUAAGUAUUCUGUUUAACUUAUUAAUUUUCUUAGUACCUUUAUUAUAUGUUUGUAGUGUAGUCCUUUUCACUUUCUUAAUUCGAAACUAAAACCCAAAAAUGUGGCGAUUUCGAUUUUAUUCAGUAUGCUACGAGGGCUGUCUCAAAAAUAAGGCUCCCACAUUUGUUCCAGGCACAAGGAAUUUUCAAUGUGAAAAAACGAAUUUAUCAUUAGAAACGGUGAUCUUUAAGCUAUUUUUCUACAUGUUCGCCAUUUUUUCUAACCAGUUUUUUAGAUGUGGAAUGCACUUGGUAACUGCUCCUGCUCCUGCAACUCGUCGUCCGUCUCGAACCGUUGACCGACUAGGUGCUUCUUUGGAAAUUCUGUCAGGGCUGUGAAGGGUAUGGGCAAUGACUGCCCAGCCAAAUUGCUCGAUUCAGUCAUUCGUUUGUUGGGAGACAUGAGGAUGCGCAUUGUCGUGGUGCGAUCUUUGAGGACAUGUUGAAUGCAUAUACACGUUUCUCAUAUACCUAGGCAGCAGCGGUGGCCGCAGUAGUAGACUCUUCGGUCUCCUGAUUCAGUCGCCGUGCGCUGUGCGGGUUCGAG